AUUUUAUUAAAAAAAUAUUCAAAAUGGAUGAAAUAGAUCAAGAAAUAGGGAGCCAUCCUCCUCAAAGACAUCUUGAAGAAGAUAAACUUCCGAACUCUGAUAGAGAAGAUAGGAAGGAUAUUUAUAGAAGCAGAGCCCACUUUCAAUCUACUACUGACUUUGAAGAUAAACACGAACUUGAAAGGAAAGACUCUUUCUUCGGAGAAGUUGGUGAAUUUGUCCGGCAUCCUGGAUUCCCAACCAAAAGUGUUGCAUUAUCAUUGUUUUUAGCAAUUUUAGGAAUCAUACUAAUUAUUUUAGGGUUUAUAGAAGAAGUAAACGAAAUAGAUCCUACUCGUGGAAUCUGAUUUUGGAUUAUUGGAGGAAUUUGAUCUAUUCCAGGUUUUUAUUUUACCUUCAAAAUUAUUCAAGCAUUCAGAGCAAAUCCUUAUGAGAGGAAUGAAAUUUUAAGCGAUAUUCCAGAUCUAUAAAGUAACAGCAUAAGAUAAUCAAGAGAAAAUGUGGUAAUUAAUUAAUUUCAUUCUUUG